UCCACCUCCAAGAUGUUCAAGUUCGUCGCCGUUGCCCUGUUCGCUCUGUUCGCCUGCGUGGCUGCCAAGCCCGGAAUCGUGGCUCCUCUGGCCUACUCCGCUCCUCUGGUGGCUGCUGCUCCGGCGGCUGCUGUCUACAGCCGGGAGUAUCACGGCAACUUCGCGGCUCCCUAUGUGGCAGCAGCUUCCCCGUAUGUGGCUGCCUCUCCCUAUGUGGCGUCUCCCUACGUGGCUUCCCCGUAUGUGGCAUCUCCCUAUGUGGCAGCUGCUCCCUACACCGCCCCUCUGCUGCUGAGGAAGUAG